AUGGAGAGCUUGCGUAGAAGAACUUCUUAUUUCUCGUCCGAAUCUGAAAGAUAUGAAGCUGAACCUGAAAAGAAUUCUAGAUUUAGCGUUUUCGAUCGAAUUGGAAGGUUGCUAAAGGCUGAAACCAGAGGUGUUCAAAGAGUAGAAGAAGAUGAAAGAACUGACACUUCUUCCUGGGCUGCUGGCUCCAUGUGGUUGGCAGCAAAUUUAGUUGUUGGUACCUUCUCUUUAGGUGCCUUGGGUGUAACUGUUUUCCAACUAGGCUUCUACCAAUGUACUCUAACCAUCGUGUUUUUCAACUUGCUAGGCUGUAUUCCAUUUGCCUUCUUUUCGGUUUUUGGCUCAAGAUUUGGCUUGCGACAGAUGAUGCUAACUGCUUUCCUCGCUGGAAACUAUGGAAUGAGAAUCUUCGCGUGCUUGCAAUGUAUAGCCUGUGUGGGUUGGGGAGCUACCAAUAUUAUGUCCUCAGCUCAAUUGCUACACAUUGUCAAUGGUGGAGCUUUACCACCCUGGGCUGGUUGUUUAAUCAUUGUCGUCAUCACUUUCUUUGUUACGUUUUUUGGCUACACCGCUAUCCAUUACUAUGAGAUGUAUUCAUGGAUCCCCAAUUUCAUAAUCUUUCUCAUCAUAAUCGCUAGAAUGACAAUGUCCAAAAAUUUCACUCCUGGAAUCUGGGAAAGUGGUCCAACCGCUGCAGGAAAUGUUCUCUCUUUUGGUGGAACUGUCUUUGGCUUUGCUGCUGGCUGGACAACCUACUCUGCUGACUACACCACCUACAUGUCCUUAAACACAAACCCAUACAAGAUUUUUUUCUCAACUCUAACCGGCUUAUGGCUUCCAUCUGUCUUUGCAAUGACCCUAGGUGCUGCUUGUGCAACUGGAACACUAUCAAACGAUCAAUGGGCUCAGAUGUAUGAAGACUAUUCUAUCGGUGGUCUUAUCUACUCAGUCCUAGUCACAGAUUCAUUACAUGGUUUUGGCCAAUUCUGCUGCGUUCUAUUAGCCUUGUCAACUGUCUGUAAUAACAUCCCCAACAUGUAUUCCGUUGCUUUAUGUGUUCAAGCUAUUUGGUCUAAGUUCCGUAUAAUCCCAAGAAUUUUUUGGACUCUAUUAGCAAACUUCCUCACCUUGGGCAUUUGUAUCCCUGCUUUUUAUGAAUUCGAAAGUUACAUCCAUAACUUUAUGAACUGUGUCGCUUAUUUCCAAAGUAUCUACAUUUCAAUUACCUUGUCUGAACAUUUCAUCUACAGAAGAGGUUUCAAAGGUUACAAUCCGGAUGAUUACUUGGAUAGCUCAAAACUACCAAUUGGAAUUGCUGGCAUAUGCGGUUUUAUUUUUGGCGUAUUCGGCGUGGCUCUUGGAAUGAAUCAAACUUGGUACUCUGGUGAAGUUGCAAGACUCAUCGGUGAUUAUGGUGGUGAUAUUGGUUUCGAAUUAGCAAUAGCGUUUUCAUUUGUUGGCUUCAACAUUGCUAGACCAUUUGAGAUCAAAUAUUUUGGUCGUUAA